AUGCCGGUGUCUUUAACUGAGAACGAGGAGCUAUUUGUGCCUGACUAUACAAAGAAAAAGCAGUCGAAUGUCAUACAGGACUUGGCACAGCCUUUCGAUAAAGUACAGCUAACAAAAUUGCUCAUUAAUACCUUGCAUGAACUUGGGUAUAAGAAAUCAGCGGUACAAUUGGAGAAUGAAAGCGGUGGGAUUCAAGUAGAGUCUACUACAGUUCAAUUAUUAUUUGACCUGGUUAAAACAGGAAACUUCGAGAAAUGCACGAUAAAUUUACUCUUUCGCCUCCCAUUGGUAAAUGGUGAUUUGUCUCACCUUCUAAGGAAUAACAGGAACUCUACUUCUAGUCCAGUAAAAGCUGGCGAACUUGCAGCAUAUGACGAAUCAUCUCAUAUGGUCAAGGUUCUUAAACGGCAAUAUCAAAUACUGUACCUGUUCGUUCAGCGGCUGUCUAUUUACGAGGCGGCGGACAUCCUGAAGCUUACUACGGUGAUGGAGAUUUUUGUAUUACUACUCAGGCAAAUAUUUAUUGAGUUGGUUCUUGUUAAUCAGGACAAGAAACUGGCGCUGACGUUUUUGCGAACCGUAGUCAGGCCUUCUAUUCAGCUAUGGGAUUCACUGUUAACUAUACAAACAAUACCAGCCGAAGAGGAUCCUGCCGAUGAGUUGAAUCCAAACCCAGAUACAAUGUUAUUGCAAAUGACUACAUUAUUGACUUGCCCUUUGGACUCUAUUGAGGCUACAGAAAUUUGGGGCGGAUCAAUUGAAGCUUCCCGCCAAAUGACACUAGAUAGAAUAUCCCAGUAUAUUAAUCCGAAUGACUUAGUGCCUCGUGGUAGGUUAAUUACAUUAUUAAAGCAGGCGAUACAAUUUCAAAGGUCUGGCGACCUGUUGGUGCUGUCUAAUGACAGGGAUUCAGCCAGUAAAGCUGUAAGCGAAAAAACGACGUACAAUUUGUUGCAGGACAACGUAGGAGCUCUGGUAAUGUUCCAAUUUAGUCAUGUUAAAACGUUGGCUGAAAAUAAGGAUGAGAUAUGGUAUCUCCAGUUCUCACCAGAUGGAAGAUAUUUGGCUAGUGCAUCUGCAGAUACUUCUAGCGACCGCAAGGUGCUGGUAUAUGAUGUCAUGAAUGAUUUCAAGCUGUAUAAAGUAUUGGCUGGAACGGAACAGUCCGUUUUGUACCUAAGCUUUUCUCCAGAUAGCCAGAGAAUACUUACGUGCUCGUUUAACGAAGACGUGAAGGUUUAUAACAUUCAUGAUGAAGGCCAACCUUGGCACUACAACGAUGGAAAUGCACACAGUAGUCCUACUGCAGGGGUAAUAGAUCCAUGUCACUCGAUUACUGUGACAUUGCCAGAAACGCAUUCAUCAGACAUCCCAGCAUCUGCUUCUAACACGAGGAUGAGGAUGUGGUGUUCUGCUUGGUUUAAUAAUCAGCCUAACUUAGUUGCUUUGGGAUCAACUGAUCGGGAAGUAAUUAUAUAUGAUUUGGAAGUGCAAGCUAUUAAGUGUAGGCUUUCACAAACAUCCUUAAGUGCUGCAAACGCUACAUUGCAUGGCAGUUCAACUUCUCCGCCACCAACCAACAGCUCCUCCAAGGACCAAUUUUUACGUGUCCAUGCAGUUAGUAUUUCCCCAGAUGACAAUUACUUGAUAUGCAUGAGUAACGAAACCUUUAUUGACGUAUACGACGUCUCUGCAAUCGGCAAGCAUCAUGAUUCUAACCAUGAAAUAAGAACCCCCAGAGUAACACGAUUGAAUAUUGGCAAGAAGAUGACCUCAAUGAGUGGGCCGGUAGGUUCGGACCACUCGCUUUUGCUAAUAAGCGUCCAGUCGCAAGAGCUACAAUUGUGGGACUUUAAACGACAAAUAAUGGUCCAACGCUAUGUAGGUCAGAGGCAAGUGGCGUACAUUAUCCGUUCCUGUUUUGGGCAUCGCGAUGACCUAGUGGCAAGCGGCUCUGAGGAUGGGAAGAUAUACAUAUGGGAUAGAUAUUAUGGUAACAUUAUCGGAGUUUUGUCAGGUCACACGCUUAUGAGACCAGAUGGUUCGAGAAGCCGUAACCUUCCAAUGAACAAAAUAUGUAAUGUAGUGACGUGGAAUCCUGCUAACCCAUGCAUGUUCGCCUCUGGAGGAGAUGAUGGCUUGGUCAAGAUUUGGAGAGUUGACCCCAGCUAG